AUGUCGACAAACCACGUCAAGGUCAACGCGCACCCCGAUUCCACGGUACAUAAGGGUACGCAUUCGAACAUACCACACCCACCGCCAGGAGACCGUCCACACUGCUCUCCAACGGUCAACAAGCCUAUUCCAGACACGGGCUGGAGGGGACAACCGCUAAUACCGAGCAAGGACGGCGGUACACGCGAGAAAGACUUCAUUCACAAGCCACCAUAUAAAUGGGAAAGCGAAGGAGAUCUAUUCAAGCCAAAGUAUAAGUCAGAAUGCUGGUGCGGAAACGUGUCAUUUGAAUUUCACGGAGAUCCACUGGACGCGAAGCAUUGUCACUGUCGACAAUGCCAGCGCCUGCACGGGGCACCGUUUCAAUGGGCCGUCAUUUUUCCGAAGACCUCCGUGCGGAUGGUGAAAAACAAGGACAACAGCUUACAUUUCUUCUCGACAGAGGACCUCACUGGAAUGCACAGCGUCCCGUGUAAAGUGUCCUGUAAUGUAUGCCGAUCUCCAUUAUUCGACGAGGGGAGGAACACAGUCCUCGCCUAUCCCUCGUCAUUCCGUUUUCCCGAACAUAAGGUGCCAUUCAACUUCCAGCCCACGGCUCACAUUUUCUAUAGCCAGCGAGUCAUGGAGAUUCCAGACGGCAUACCGAAGUGGGCAGGCCACAGGGGCGAGAGUGAAUUGCUGCAAGAACUCACCGAGGAGGAAGGGAUACUACCGAAAUACAAAGGAAAGCCAGCUCAGGGUCAAAUCCACUCACGGGAGACGACGCAGCCCGGUCGGGAGGAUCCAUAA